AAAAUUGAAGACAUUAAUAAACCAAUAAUUUUAAUAGCUUCUCUUGUUGGCUUAUUACCACACAGUGUAAAAUUCACUAAAUCCAAAAAAACUUUUACGGUCAUACCUAAGUCCAUAUAUUUAAAUUCCUUAUGUGGUUUAACUGUUAUGCUUCUUCUGAUUUCCUUUGGAUUCUUUCACGUGCGUUAUGUCCUUUUUUCUACGGAAAAACCCCAAUUCAACGAUGAAGUAACAACAGAGUUGAAUUACAUUCUAGAGUUUACGAAUUUUGAAUUGCUCUGUUGCAUAUCUUAUGUUUGCGCUUUUUUAAAUCGUGCUAGAUACGUUCGCAUUUUAAACAUGAUAGUUUCAACAUGGAAAAGUAUACCAUCUUCUAAGAAAUCACGAUCUAUUUUAGAAGAUUUGUAUCUAAAGCGAAAUUUAACGCUUUUAGGCAUAUGUCUAACUAUAAUUGCCCAGUUAUGUAUAAAUUUAUCAAGACAGGAAGGAACAUGGAAGAAGCUAUUAGUAAUGUUCACAUUUAACCUACCGCAAAUAAUACAAUUUAUUUUACACGCUCUCUAUACCAUGCUGGUUAUUACAUUAACUGCGAUUCUAAGAAAUAUGAACGCUCAUUGUCAAUUCACGGAUAAUGAAGAACGUUCAAAAGAUUCAUCAUUUUUUGAAGUAAACCCAAAAGCAAGAAUGAUGACGUUAAGGCAAAUGGAAUUGGUAUAUAUAAGGGUGUUUGAUAUGAAAAUUGAUGUAAAUAAAACAUUCCAAGGUCCAAUGUUGGCUUCAGUAAUGCAGACUUUUCAUGCAUUGGUUAGCGAGGGGCACAUAUUAUAUCAUGGAUUAGUUGUGGAUAGAGAUUUAACGCUACAUGAGUUAUUUAAUUGCUUCUCUUGGAUUUCUUAUCAACUGAUUAAAUUGUUUUCUCUAGCGUACUCUGGUAGUUCUUUGAAGCAUGAGGUUCAACAUUUUUCAACACUUAUGAAAUAUCAGCCUGUAGAAAUCAACUUAUACGGUUUCUUUCCUUUAGAUGCCACCCUAUUGUUUAAUAUUUUUGCUUCUGCAACGAUGUAUUUAAUUAUUUUAGUACAAUUUGAUAGUCGUCAUUAGAAGGACGUCGUCAGCCACGUCAUGAAACUAUGAAGUAUUAU